ACACGGGACUUGCCAUUGGAAUAGUCAAUGCGAAAUGACCUCAAGCACUAGAACCUGGAUCUUACUGGGCCUGAUGGCCGGUGUCGCCACCUUGUCUGGGGCGGCCAAGCUUCCCCAAGAGGAUGACCAAAGGAUUAUCCAGAACAAUGGCAACACCUACCUGUCGAACGGUGCGGGUCAGAUCUUUCGCAGGGCUGAUGGCAAAACCGUCCUGAUCGGAUCUGAUGGUCGAAGCAUCGUCACAGAUACCGACGACAGCAGCGAGGAGGAUGUGUCCAAUACUUAUUAUUCCAACAACAACAACAACAACAACGUCAUCAUCAACGGAGAGUCCGGCAACAGCAUUGUCCAGAGCAAUGGUCACAGUUUCAUCUACGGGGAUGCCAACCAGGGAGGCAGCUUUAUCAACUCGAAUGGUCGCACCAUCCGCAUCGUCAAUGGUGCUAUUGAACUCACUGAAAAUGGACAGACUUACACCUUCCAGCCAAAGGGCCCUGGAGUAGCAACCAAGGAGACCGUGGACGUCAAUGGACAGCCGGCCGAGGUGGAGUACACGAACGAUGACAUUGUUGUUGAGUUGGCCGAUCACACGGUUAUUGCCAAGAUUGGAGGACGCACCUUCGUAGGCGAUCGCUAUUCCUUCGAACAUCGAGAGGAAAUGGAGGCCGAUGCCAGGAACUUGGCCUCCCGCAUCCAUGAGGAAGUCAAUACCAACCUGAAGAAAACCAUGGAGGACCUUCAGGCUACCCUGCAGAAUACCUUCGCCAAUAUACGCUUUUAAAAUUCAGUAAUUGUACAAUAGUCGCUCUCCAAUAAAGCGCAUUACAGCAUUUGCCUCGGCAUUAACCGAAUAA